AUGAAUCGCCUGAUAACUUUAUUCUUAAGUAUAUCCCUCUUCAGUGUAUUAUCAGUAACACAGACUACUGAAACUAAUUCAGAGGUUCUAUACAGAUAUCCAACACCUGUUCCUCGUCCAUCUGUGUAUUUUGAUAAUCCUGAAGUGAAAUUCGAAGAUCUUACAUUUACAAAAUUUAUACAUUAUAUCGUUAAGAAAUUGCUAUGGGUAUUUGAUAAUUUAAUGUUAAAAGAUUAUGAAACGGAAAUCAAACAACAUAACACAUCUCAAAUGUACAAGUUUAGAUUACCUCAAGAAACAACUACUGAAGAGAAAUAACAUUCCAAUGGAUUAGAAUUACUGCAAACAUGUGUAACACUUGGACGGUUUACUUUAUUAUUAGAAAAUCUAACCAGAAGAUCAGAUAAAUCCUGUUCUUUGAAA